CAACUUAAGAAACCACCUUUGUCUUGUUUUCUCAUCAGUGUGAUCAGAGAGUUUCGCACUAAAAAAAAAUGGCGUCCCGCGUUCUCCUCCUCCUCCUCUCUCUCACCGCUCUUCUCAUCUUCUCCGCCGUUUCUACUUCUUUCUCCGCCGACGUAGACGAGGAGGAGGAUCUCAGCUUCCUCGAAGACCCCAAAGAAGAAGUCAAAGCUCCCUCUAAGCCACUUACCGACGACUUCGAAGGAGGAGAGGACGACGACGACGAUGACGAAGAAGACGGAGAACAUUUCUCCGAUCUAGCCAGCCCAGACUCCGGUCCCUUCCCGGCGCCGGGUGUCGACGAGAAAGACGUUGUGGUCAUCAAAGAGCGCAACUUCACAGACGUGAUCGAGAACAACGAAUACGUCAUGGUUGAGUUCUACGCUCCGUGGUGUGGUCAUUGCCAGUCUCUUGCUCCCGAGUACGCAGCAGCCGCGACGGAGCUUAAAGGGGACGGCGUCGUUUUGGCUAAAAUCGAUGCUACGGUGGAGAAUGAGCUCGCUCAUCAGUAUAGCGUUCAGGGCUUCCCCACUAUUCUCUUCUUCGUAGAUGGCGAGCACAAGCCUUACACCGGAGGAAGGACCAAAGAGACAAUAGUGACGUGGGUGAAGAAGAAGAUAGGUCCAAGUGUGUACAACUUGACGACGUUAGAUGAUGCUGAGAAAGUGUUGAAUUCUGGGAACAAAGUCGUCUUGGGUUACUUGAACUCUUUGGUUGGUGUGGAGCACGAUCAGCUUGCUGCUGCUUCCAAAGCUGAAGAUGAUGUGAACUUUUAUCAAACAGUGAACCCUGAUGUCGCCAAGAUGUUUCACAUUGAUCCGGAGUCUAAACGGCCUGCUCUUGUCUUAGUUAAGAGAGAAGAGGAGAAGAUUAGCCAUUUUGAUGGGGAGUUUGUUAAGUCUGGUCUAGUUAGUUUUGUGUCCGCCAACAAGCUUCCUUUGGUCACUGUUUUCACCCCAGAGAGCUCCCAGGAAAUUUUUGAGAGUGCAAUCAAGAAGCAGUUGUUGUUGUUUGCAACUGAAAAGGGCUCUGAAAAGGUUCUUCAAGAGUUUGAAGAAGCAGCAAAAUCGUUUAAAGGAAAGCUCAUCUUUGUAUCUGUGGAUGUGGAUAACGAGGAUUAUGGGAAGCCAGUUGCUGAAUACUUUGGUGUGUCUAGUAGCAAUGCUCCUAAACUUGUUGCCUUCACAGGAAAUGAAGAUCCUCAAAAACACUACUUCGAUGGUGAAAUCAAGUCAGAUAAUAUUAAGAUAUUUGGGGAAGAGUUCUUGAGCGACAAGCUAAAGCCUUUCUAUAAGUCAGGCCCCAUUCCUGAAAAGAAUGAUGGAGAUGUGAAAAUCGUAGUUGGAGAUAACUUUGAUGAAAUUGUCCUGGAUGAGUCUAAGGAUGUUCUUCUCGAGGUGUAUGCACCAUGGUGUGGGCAUUGCCAAGCCCUUGAGCCAAUGUACAACAAGCUUGCCAAACAUUUAAGAAGCAUUGAUUCUAUUGUUAUAGCCAAGAUGGAUGGAACAACCAAUGAACAUCCCAAGGCAAAGGCUGAAGGAUUCCCUACAAUUCUCUUCUUCCCUGCAGGAAACAAGACCUCCUCAGAACCGAUAACGGUAGAUGCAGACCGCACUGUGGUUGGAUUUUACAAGUUUAUGAGGAAACACGCAACGAUUCCGUUCAAACUUGAGAAGCCUGCUGCAUCAACUGAAUCUCCUAAAGCUACCGAGUCCACACCAAAAGUAGAAACUACUGAGACCAAAGGAAAGCCUGAGAGCACCACAAAGAGUACAGAAAGUGAUUCCAAGGACGAAUUGUAAUCCCAAAGCUAAGCAAAAGGGUAUGAGUUAUACAAAUACAUCUCCUUAAAGUUAUAUUGUAUGAUAAAGUUAUAUUUAGUUUGAGUAAGACAAAUUUCAACA